GUGAAGAAUGUGACGAAUCGUGAUGGUGUGUAUAGCUGCAAAGCAACUGGUGCAAAUGGUGUGGAAGUUUGGAAAGAAGCUGAGUUGAAUAUAGCUAAGGCUGCCCUGCCACUCACACCUCGUUUCGUACUACAGAAAUCACCAACAUCCUGUUAUGGUGCAACUAGUCCAUACGGUAUGUUUGCAGAUCUUCUGCGGUGUGCGGAUGAUGGCCGCGAUCACCGGGAAUGUUGUAUUCGUUCGCGUGUUCCAACCGAUUGUCUGAGCAUGUGUAGUGGUGGAAAAGUUACCAAUAGUGCUCUGUGCUCGGUAUUCGCACCGCGAGCAGUGGCAUGCAUGAUGAGAGGUCAUGAACGAGCUCCGUCACCGCCUGUACAGCUCCGCUACGAGUACAUCUCACCCGAAUCUGUUAAGGUUUCCUUUGCCUUCGUCGUGAAUCACAAACAUUUCUUAGCGCUCUUACGCGCUUUGAGUCUCUGUAGCGAUAACAAAUGGAGCGCAAAGGAUGAAUGA